ACCAGACUGACAACUGAUUAUUGGUAUCGUUAAUUCGUCUGCAGACGUGAGCCAAAGAAAUGCUUUUCUUAAAGGAAAUGUGGCUUCUGCUGGCCCUUGUUGGACAAGGUAGAGGUAAGAAUGUGAAGAAAUUGAAUAUGGUGGGAUUAGCUAAAACGCCUAUUAUUAAGCCUAGUACUGAUGCUACGACAACCAAUAUUCGAGGCUAUACAUUGGGUUCCGACAGAUCAGAAAAUAUCACACUUAAAAUUGUAACUUUAGCCAACACUAGCAGAUUGCUAUCAGAAGAAAUGUUAUGCAACAAUUUAGCUUUUGAAAACAAUGUUCAUUGUGAACUCGUUACCAAUACUAAUGAGGAAGGUAGAGAAUUGACUGUCCGUAUAGCUAAAAUUACUGGUAGACCUAACCUUGAAGACCGAGUCGGUGUUUUUAAUGUGUACGCUGAGAAAGGGAAUCGAAGCGCCAAUGCCACAAUCAUAGUUCACCAUGCUAAUGCUUACGUACAACCAAUUACUCGCACCAAGACUGUUAGCAUAAAUGACAGAAAUGUUACAUUGGGCGUCAUUAAUCUCAACUCGACUAUUGAAAGUGAUCUACUAUGGACAAAAGAUGGAAAGAAUAACAGUGCAUGGGAUGGUAAAGCAACUAUUUCAUUUGAAAAUAUUACAUUGAAUGAUGCUGGAGUUUAUGAAUGUUAUAGUUCUUCAGCUGACUACAAUCGGGAAAAUGGAUAUCAUGCUUUCAUGCAACUGAUAGUGAGAGAAGUUUGAACCAAAACAUAUUGAUAAAACUCCAUUGAAGUGGUAAUAUGACGUAUAACAACCUAAUUUGAUUACACAAAAAGCAGUAAUGUUUCCUGAAAUCAAUGAACAAAUGU